AUGCCAAAUUUCGGAAUCCCGGCAUUGACUUUGUCGCGAAGGACAAAUUUCGCUGCUCGACCGCCGGUCCUCCCGCGACCGCGACAAGCUACCCUCCGACUCUUCCCAGGUAGCAAGGCCUCAGCUUCUGCUAGCUAUUCGACGGUCGCGGAUGGCGCUAUUUCCAGGGCCCCAAGGAUUGAUCGUGGGGGUUCCAAAUUGUUCAAAAGUGCAGACCAGGCCGUGGCCGAUCUGAAAGCCGGGUCGACCAUCCUCAGUUCAGGCUUUGGCCUUUGUGGUGUUGCAGAGACCCUGAUUUCCGCCAUUAAUCGCCGAGGUGCAGACAAUUUACACUCGCUAACCGCAAUUCUCAAUAACGCCGGAAUUGCUUCGAGAGGGCUUUCAAGACUUAUCGAGGCAAAUCAGGUGGAUCGACUUGUUCUCUCUUAUCUUGGUAACAACAAGGUAGUCCAGCAGGAAUACCUGUCUGGCGAGAUUUCGAUUGAGCUUACCCCGCAAGGAACACUGGCUGAGAGGUUGCGCGCCGGUGGCGCUGGCAUUCCAGCCUUCUACACUUCCACAGGUGCACUCCGAAAAUGGGUCCUUGGCAUGGGCCAGUAUCCUACAGAGGAAGAGGUCGAUCCGGAAAUCAUAAAUGCAGGCAAAGAGACAAUCACUCUCGUUCCAGGCGCCGCGAUCUUCGAUAGCACUGAGUCGUUCGGCAUGAUCCGUGGAGGACAUGUGGAUGUCUCCAUUCUUGGGGCUCUACAGGUCAGCGCUAACGGCGAUCUCGCAAAUUAUACGAUCCCCGGCAAGGUCUUUAAGGGGAUGGGAGGGGCCAUGGACUUGGUCUCCAACCCGGAUCAUACCAAGAUUGUGGUAACCACAAGCCAUACAGCAAGAGACGGCUCACCCAAAAUCGUAUCUCAAUGCGGCCUUCCUCUGACGGGAGCAAACUGCGUCAGCACGAUCAUCACAGAGCUGUGUGUGUUCCAGGUGGAUCGGGCAAAGGGCGAGCUCCUCCUCACAGAGCUUGCUCUGGGGGCAGAAGUCGAGGAGGUACAGGUUAAGACGGGCACUACUUUUGCUGUCGCAGAGCAUCUCGAAAUUAUGGAGUGA